AUGGAGGUUGGAAGCGUGCUCAAUUUUCUUCAAGACAAGAGUAUUUUAAUCACUGGAGCUACUGGGUUUCUUGCUAAAAUUUUGUUGGAGAAGAUAUUGAGAGUUCAACCAAAUGUUAAGAAGGUUUAUCUUCUUUUAAGAGCUCAAGAUGCAAAAUCUGCAACUCACCGGUUUCAGAAUGAGAUAAUUGGGAAAGACUUGUUUAAAUUGCUAAAGGAAAAAUUGGGUGCAAAUUUUUCUACAUUUCUAUUGGAAAAGUUGACUCUGGUUCCUGGUGACAUUUCUUUUGAAGACUUGGGAUUAGAAGAUUGUAUUCUAAAGGAAGAAAUUUAUAAUCAAACAGAUGUUAUUAUUAAUUUAGCUGCAAAUACCAACUUUGAUGAAAGAUAUGAUUUAUCUUUGGGCCUAAAUACACUUGGAGCUAAGUAUGUUAUCAACUUUGCCAAAAAAUGUGGUCAACUCAAGGUUCUUGUGCAUGUAUCAACAGCUUAUGUAUGUGGAGAGGGAGAAGGGCUUAUAUUAGAGAAACCAUAUCAUAUGGGCCAAUCAUUAAAUGGUGUGAGUGGAUUAGACAUUGAUGCUGAAGAAAGAAUAGUGAGAGACAAAUUGAGUGAGCUACAACAGCUUGGAGCAACAGAGGCUGAAAUUAAAAUGGCUAUGAAGAAUUUGGGUCUCAGCAGAGCAAAGUUAUAUGGAUGGCCAAACACAUAUGUAUUCACAAAGGCAAUGGGAGAAAUGCUUGUGGGCCAAUUGAAAGGAAAUUUGUCUGUUGUAAUUGUUCGUCCUGCCAUUGUCACAAGUACAUUCAAAGAACCUUUCCCUGGUUGGUCUGAAGGAGUAAGGACUAUUGAUAGUUUAGCCUUAGCUUAUGGCAAAGGAAAAUUAACAUGCUUCCUUGGAGAUCCUAAUGCAAUUGUUGAUGUGAUUCCAGCUGACAUGGUGGUGAAUGCAAUGCUAGUUGCCAUUGUUGCUCAUGCAAAUUAUUCUAAUUGUGAUAGUAUAUAUCAUGUUGGUUCCUCUGUUAGAAAACCUGUUAUAUAUAGUGAUCUUCAAGAGUUUGGAUUUCGACAUUUCACUGCGAAUCCGUGGAUUAACAAAGAUGGAAAGGCUGUUAAAGUUGGCAAAGUUACUGUGUUUAAUAACAUGGAGAGCUUCAGAAGAUUCAUGUUCAUUCGCUACCUUCUUAUGUUAAAGGGACUUGAACUAGCUAAUACUGCACUUUGUCAGUAUUUCCAAGGGACAUAUCUUGAUCUCAAAAGGAAGAUUCAAAUUGUGAAUCGUUUGGUCGACCUUUACAAGCCUUACUUAUUCUUCAAGGGCGUAUUCGAUGACAUGAACACAGAGAUGUUGAGAAUAGCAGCAAGAGAAGGUGAAGUGGAGACAGAUUUGUUUUACUUUGAUCCCAAAGUGAUCAAUUGGGAUGAUUAUUUCUUGAAGAUUCAUCUUCCUUGUGUGGCUAAAUAUAUUUUCAAGUGA